GAGGCAGUGGCUCACCUGGUUCGCUUUGAGGCAAUCUGCUAGGCCUCUGGCUGAAGCAGCUGACUCAUCAAGGCCAGUCUUGGCCUUGAGUCAGUUGACUCACAUGACCGCGCAAACACAACAGCGCGCGCGGCCGCUGGCGCGCGGCCGCGGGGGCUCCCGAGUUGCCUGAAGAUGCUGCGCUGUGUGCAUUUGUUGUGGCUUUCUUGGUCUCUCCAACGUUGUGCACAUUGCGUCGCCUUUUGUUUUUAUGCGUUUUGAAAUCUCAACUCUAGGUCCUUGGGUCGAUAGUCUCCACCUUCAUUCGUCAUCUUUCCCAUAGGUAUUCAAAGCAGCGAGGGCAUUGCUCUACGAUGAAAACGAUAGCAAAGCUUGGCGGAGGUAUCUUUCUGGUGAGCAGCGAAAGACCUCGGAAGAAGCCUUCAACAGAUUCACGGCAAACGUGGACACGUCUUGGCCGCAGUUUCUCCUUGGUCUUAUCACGUCGCAAACGUCUUACGAGCGAUUUUUGGCGGCGUGUAUUAAAUUGCUGGGCAACUGGACAGGUGGCAAGCUUUUUCUCUGGAGUAGGGACCUACUGGGGACGAAGGGCCUGGCGUAUUGCUGCUUCAAGCGACUACCGUCGGCGAGUGCGAUGACUAUUUUCGGGCGUGGCCCGAAGA